AUGGCUGUCACUAAGCUUCCUCGAACGCGUAAGGGGAUCCUAUCCCACGGUCCACCGCUAUCGUGGCCGAAUGACACCACGAUUGGUCCGCGUCGUCCACAUCUCGGGCUUCUCAGACAGGCGACUCAUAACCAUCGACAGCAUCGCAUCUCUGACCUGUCAGCUAGCUCAAGGCACAAAGCUCCCAAGCUCAUUCACCAUCCCCAUCUGCGUUCCCGAGCUCCACAAGCCUCAGGCUACUCAAGGUACAAAGCCCACAAGCGUACUCAUCAUUCAACACAACAGUCCAAAGCACCAAAAGUCUCUGGCAAACCGCCCAAACAGAUUAAGAAUCUCGUGGUUCAGAAGCCACCUCCUCACGCAACGCCGCUACCCAAAGCUUCACAAGUACCAAGCAGCUCGCUAACGGACAAGAAGAAAGACGCAAAGUCUCAGAAGAAUAACCACACCGGCAAACCGUCCCAUCCUCCCCCUCUCCCAUCCUCGCCACCCCGACCCGAUACCCACCCAGCAGCCAAAGGCAUAGACUGGACCGCCUACGACCGCGCCAAAGCCCACCGCUGGAAGAACAUCCGCAUCUGGGUCCACUCCCUCCGCCGCGCCCACCGCAUCGUCGACACCGUCGCCACAGAACUCAUGGCCUACUACGGCAGCGCGAAGUACGGCGGCCACCCCUCCGCGCGCACCCUGUCCCGGCACGCCUGGCAGGCCGUCCGGCUGUGCGAGCACGAGUUCGGCACGGAUCUGCAGUGGGGCAAGGGGCUGGGGGAGGCGGUGUGGGGCACCGAUCACGCCAAGGUGGAGGCGUUGAUCGAGAUGAGGAUGGAGGGGGAGGGGACGCCGGGGGGGGGGACGGUGGGCGAGAGUGAUCUGAGUGGGUUUGAGGAUGGGUGGUGUGAGGAGGAGGAGGAGGAGGAGGAUGAUGAAGGGUUCUGGGGCGGUGGGGAGGGGAAGGAUGUUGAGAUGGCGGAGGCGCCUUGA